GAAGGCUCCAUGACAUUCAUCACUCCCCGUGGCAACGAGAUCCGCGACUGUGCUUUCCCAACCGACGGCAUGGGCCUUCCACAGCCACGCGGGGCGUUUUGUUGUGCCGAGGGCAGGUGUUUUCAGGAGGGCCUUGGCGCUCGGUGCGAUUAG